AUGUUCAACAACGUCUCCUUCGGGAGCAUCGGCAACCUCUUCGGGCAGAGCGGCCCGAAGCUGAACUACGACCUCGGCGAGCCGUACCGCGCCGGCGCGUUCGGGCCGUGGACGCACUACCGCGGCGUCAGCAAGGAGGACGGAUCCGCGGUGUCCGUGUUCAAGUUCGUGGGCAACGUGGAUCAAGACCGAGUGCGGAUCGCGACCGCGCGGAACGGCGCGAAACGCCUUAAGCUCAUCCGGCACCCGUGCGUGCUGCUCGUGAAGGACUCGCUCGAGGUCGAGAACGGGCCGGAGCUCACCAUCUACGUCGUCACGGAGGCGGUGACGCCGCUGACGGAGCACCUGCGCGACCUCCCGACGUCCACGGAUCAGGCGCACGAUUACUUCGCGCUCGGGCUGCGUCAGAUCGCGACCGCGGUGUCGUUCCUCUCCAACGACUGCGCGCUCGUGCACGGCGGCGUGAGCGCGGCGGCGGUCGUCGUGACCGACAGGCUCGAUUGGAAGCUCUCCGGGUUCGACCUCGUGAGCGAGCUCGCGUCCGUCGGACGUGGGACGAACGGCGACGCGCGCAUCGUGCACUCGAGCUUCGCGGUGCCGGAUCAGUACAAGCCGGAGGAGUACCGCAGGGGGGACUGGGCGAGCGUGCCGGAGGGCCCGCCGUGGGCGAUCGACGCGUGGGGGUUGGGGUGCCUGAUACAGGAGGUGUACAGGGGCGAGCCGCUGCAGCGCACGGAUCAGCUGCGAGAGACGAGUCGCAUCCCGCCGGCGCUGCUCAAGGAUUACCAAAAGCUCCUCGGGUCUCAGCCGGCGCGGCGGUAUAACCCGAAGAAACUCGUCGAUAACUCCGCGCUGUUCGCGAACAAGCUCGUGGAGACGACGACGUUUCUGGAUAACCUCUCGCUCAAGGACGCGAUCGAGAAGGAACAGUUCUUCCGGCACCUCCCGCGCGUGCUGGAGUCUCUCGCCAAGCCGUGCGUGGAGCGAAAAAUUCUUCCGCAAGUCGCCGAGGCGCUCGUGUUCGGCAGCGCGCCCGCGCUCGCGGUCCAUCCGAUGCUGCACGCGGCGAAGGGGCUCGACGCGGAGACGUUCGCGGCGCGCGUCACGCCCACCAUCGUCAAGCUGUUCACCUCGAGCGCGGACAAGACGGUGCGGAUGGCGCUGUUGGAAAACUUGCACGCGUUCGCGGAGCACCUCCCGGAGAAGGUGGUGGACGAGACGGUGUGGCCGGCGACGCAGACCGGGUUCGCGGACGAGGAGCCGUACCUCCGCGAGCUCACGCUCAAGUCCACGCUCCUGUUCGCCUCGAAGCUCUCGCAGCGAUCGCACCAGGGAAUGCUGAAGCAUCUGAGCAAGCUGCAGACGGACGUCGAGCCGGCGAUUCGCGCCAACACGACGAUCCUCCUCGGCAACGUCGCCGGGUACCUCUCCGAGACGACCGCGAAGAGGGUCCUCCUCAACGCCUUCACCAGAGCGCUGCGUGACCCGUUCCCUCCCGCGCGCGUCGCGGGUGUCAUGGCGCUCGUGGCGACGAUCGCGUAUUACGACCCUGGCGAGUGCGCCGGCCGCGUCGUCCCGUCCGUCGCGCCGCUGUGCGCGGAUCCGGAUAACGACGUUCGAAAGAACGCGUUCGAGUGCCUCGAGGCGUUCGUCGACGUGUUAAAGAAGCACAGCGCGCGGUUGGAGCGCGGGCCGGAGGCGGCGGCGGCGCUGCUCGCCGCGGAGGCGGAGCGCGCGGGC